CGGGGCGGAAGGUUCUGGACGGGGCUGGCGGGCUCUGGAAGCUUCCGCCGGGCGGAUAUAUAGAGUCGGGCCGGGCGGCGGCGGCGGAGCCGGGAGGGCGGGCGCCAUGGGCAAGGACUACUACCAGACGCUGGGCCUGUCCCGCGGCGCGUCGGACGAGGAGGUGAAGCGCGCCUACCGCCGCCAGGCGCUGCGCUACCACCCGGACAAGAACAAGGAGCCGGGCGCCGAGGAGCGCUUCAAGGAGAUCGCCGAGGCCUACGACGUGCUCAGCGACCCGCGCAAGCGCGAGAUCUUCGACCGGCUCGGGGAGGAGGGCCUCAAGGGCGGAGGCCCCAGCGGCGGUGGCGGGGCCAACGGGACCUCUUUCAGCUACACAUUCCAUGGAGACCCUCACGCCAUGUUCGCCGAGCUCUUCGGCGGCCGAAACCCCUUCGACACGUUCUUCAGCCAGCGCAACGGCGAGGAAGGCAUGGACAUUGAUGACCCCUUCGCCGGCCUCCCCAUGGGCAUGGGCGGCUUCCCCAGCUUCGGCCGCUCCCGCCCGGCCCAGGAGCCCACGCGCAAGAAGCAAGAUCCGCCCGUGACCCACGACCUGCGGGUCUCCCUGGAAGAGAUCUACAGCGGCUGCACCAAGAAGAUGAAGAUCUCCCACAAGCGGCUGAACCCCGACGGCAGGAGCACCCGCAGCGAGGACAAGAUCCUGACGAUCGAGGUGAAGAAGGGCUGGAAGGAGGGCACCAAGAUCACCUUCCCCAAGGAGGGCGACCAGACCUCCAGCAACAUCCCCGCCGACAUCGUGUUCGUGCUCCGGGACAAGCCCCACAACAUCUUCAAGAGGGACGGCUCGGACGUCAUCUACCCGGCCAGGAUCAGCCUGCGGGAGGCGCUGUGUGGCUGCACGGUGAACGUCCCCACUCUGGACGGCAGGACCAUCCCCGUGGUGUUCAAAGAUGUCAUCAGGCCUGGCAUGCGGCGGAAAGUCCCGGGCGAAGGCCUGCCCCUCCCCAAGACCCCCGAGAAACGCGGGGACCUGAUCAUCGAGUUCGAAGUCAUCUUCCCCGAAAGAAUUCCCCAGACGUCGAGAACCGUGCUGGAGCAGGUGCUGCCCGUCUAACCGCCCCGGCCUC